UUAUUUGCUCAACUGAGUGCUGCUACUGAAUUUAUUUUCCAUUGCUGUUCUGUGAUUGACAUUGUUAUAUUUAUACUUUUGUUACAUUCUUUCUUUUUGUUAUUUUGCACUAAUUACUGUUCUUCUAAAACAAACCGGUGCGACUUUGUCAACAAUGCAAACCAUUGUGAGUUAUGGUAAUUCAAAAACUGCAGAGAGAAAACUUUAACAGGUCGCUGAGAUCAACGCGGUUCUGAAGAGCUAAAAAGGAUCAGAACAAGGUGCUCAUGAAUACUCGUAAGUUCAGGUAAUUCAGACACACACGAUAUCAGCCUGUCUAUUUUGCCCUUCGUGCUGGGCUACAGACAUAAUCAGUGCGUUUACAUGCCAGCGCAGCGGUCGUGGAGCAUGUGCACACGCAUUAUCCGAGGAAAACUCCAUUCAAUGGCAUUAUCUGUGCGUCUCAAUCGGAUAAUGACAACUCCAGAGUAAUUAAUCGGAGUAACGUGUUUACAUGCACUUAAGUUCUCCUGUUAUAGUCCGAUAAAGGCAAUAAUUCGUUUUUUUUUCACGUGCAUGUAAACGCACUGACUGUCUCAACUGACGGCUUCAACAACUGUAUGUAAUAAGAGGGAGAUUAUUGUUAUUGUUGAAUUGUGUAAAUUUUGAACUGUUAAACUGUUUAAUACUGUAAUUUGUUAAGAAUAAUAAUAAUAAAAAAAAUAUGUGUCUUGUAUUUUAUCAUAAUCAACUAAUUAAAAGCAAAAUUACGAAAUUAUUCAGCGAUCAUGAAGUUUCAAGAAAGGUAUCGGAUCGAUACCAAACUUCCCAGUAUCGCCCAACCCUAUCGGUCGGACUGUGCGCUCACCCCCUCAUCUCUGCCAACACAAGAUCUAUUGAGGCUCGGUAGAACGGGCGGUGUCACCUGACUCUGUGACAUCACGCAGGUAUGAAAGACAGCAGCCCGUAGGUGGGAACGGCAGUUGAGACCGAGACGCUCGCGGGACAACGCCCGCACCGCGGACAUAUUAUCUUUUCUCAUCUUACUUUUUAACCUCGUUUUGCCAUCAUGACUCCGUCGACACGGUGGUUUCAGCUGUGUUUGAGUUUGUGCUGCGUGCUGGCGUCCCUGGCGCAGAAUGAUCCCGAUUAUAAUAGAGGCUACACCGGUGAAGAAUCCACCAAGGGAGUGUGGGUCUACCCCCCGGCCAAAGAGGUCCUGAGCAGCCGCCUCACCACCGUCUUCCUGCCCAUCGUCUAUAUCUUCGUGUUCGCGGUGGGUCUUCCCGCCAACGCUCUGGCCAUCUGGGUGUUCCUCUUCAGAUCCAAGAAAAGGCACCCGUCCUCCAUCUACAUGGCCAACCUGGCCAUGGCCGACCUGCUGUUUGUCAUCUGGGUGCCCCUGAAGAUAGCGUACCACUUCAACGGCAACAACUGGAUCUACGGAGACGCACUGUGCAAAGUCCUCGUGGCCUUCUUCUACGCCAACAUGUACUGCUCCGCGGCGUUUGUCGCGUGCAUAAGCUUCCAGCGGUACUGGGCCGUGGUGCACCCGCUGUCCCAGGCGCAGAAGGACAGCUGCGCGGCCACAUCCGUCUGCGUCGCGAUCUGGGUGCUGGUCUGGCUCCUCACCAUCCCUCUUUACCUGUACGACCAAGACGUGUACGUCUUGAACCUCGACGUCCACACCUGCCACGACGUCACCAGGACCAGCCAGAAGGGCGUAGCCGCGGGCUACUUCCUCACCAUGGGCCUGCUGGGGUUCGUCGUCCCCACCGUCGUGUGCGUCGUGUCCUACGUCCUCAUGCUGAGGACCCUCCGGAACAACAUGGGCGACACCAGCAUCGCCCAGAAGCGGCGGAAGGCCGUGGUCCUGGUCAUCACCGUCCUCGUCAUGUUCCUGCUGUGCUUCACCCCCAGCAACAUCAUGCUGCUGGUGCACUACAGCCUCCUGUUGGCCGGCGCCGAGGACAACCUGUACGGGUUCUACAUCACCACGCUGUGCUUGGCCAGCCUCAACAGCUGCAUCGACCCGUUCGUUUACUACUUCAUCUCCGAGGACUUCAGGGAGCAGGUGAAGAACACGUUCCUGUGCCGGAGCGAGAGGACGGUGGAGAGGAUGAGGGUCUCCUUCAGCGCCCUCAAGUUCUCCAAGAAGAGCAACUCGUAUAAGUCCGAGUCCGGCAACACGCAGAGCACCGAUUGUUAGCGCAUCCCCAGUUUUUAGGCUUUUUUUUCGGCAUACACUUGAAGACAUUUAGUUGUGUUUUCUGUUUUUGUAAGUACUGUACAUACACUUUGUUUUAACUCUUUAUUUAAACGUUAAGUUCUGUUUUUAUCCCCUUUUUUUUCCCCUCACGCCGUCAUUUUAGUCUGGCAGCUUUUUAAUGUGACCCACGAAUGAAGGGGGGAGAUUUUCAUAUUCAUUUGUGUUUUUUAAAAAUGCUCCUGUUUCUGAGAAAGCCUCCCUGUCACCGGCUCUAGGCAGCGUUUCCAUAGAACAAAAGUUCAGAGGAAGCUGUUCAACCAGUUUUUUUUUUUUGUUUCGUUUUAGUUUUUUCUUUUUCUUGUGAGGCUACAGUCAACAUCACAAGCCCAGAGCAAAUGCACCUCACUAUUAGUCACGGUACAGCAAGAGUUUAAGUGGGUCGGCCAUCUUAGAAAUGUAUUAUUAGAGUAACUAAAUAAGAAAUAAUAACUCGUACGUCACCUUGGUUGGUACAGAUGUGUUGUUUUUUUGUGUGUGUCUCUUUCCACAGCUGCGUUGUGCAGCUGGAAAGGUCAAGCUAAACUCUUCCUUAUUUCCACAGCAACAAGCACAUUUACUUUUUUAUCGUCUGAUCAGUGUUGUGCUGGUCUGUCCUGUGCCAACUUUGACCGACUUGAACUGACCUCAUGUCCACGUGUAAAUACUCACAUAUGUUUUUAUUAUUAAAAAUGACCUGAAAGUGA